UUUCCUUUUCUCUUCCUCUUCCUGCAAUGUAUUUCUGUGUACUAUAUAUCCAUCUUACCUUGAUCGUCAGAGCUUAUUAUAAAUUCAUUGUUGUCGAGUGACGCAGCAUGCAGGACAAGGGGUUUCCUGGUGGAUCCUUAUCACAGUGUCUCCUCCCGUGCUCUUCCUCUCUUUGUCCAUCAUCCUUUUCUCCACUUUCCACCUCUUCCUCAUUCCCCUCCUUUAUUUUACGUUUUAUAAUCAUGUUUCCCGUUUUUUUUUUUUUUCAGCCUCAUAGUAAAAAAUUCUUUAUGGUGUUUCCGUGUUCCCGUGCCACGUUUACAAGACAUCGCCAGUUGCGUAUGUAUUUUUGUACGUCAUGAUUGCAACGACUUGAAGACUUCGAUCCGUAGCCACCGCAGCGCAGGUGUACGAAUGUCAGCAUGCCACAGUGCGGUGCUGUGGUGAUAGCCUUGGUCGUGUUGUCCCACACAUGCUUGUGUGUGGGCGAAGGACACGCCACACCGGAGAUGCUGGAGGAGGGCAACACGACAACUUUGAUGAGGGAUGCCGCGCUUGCCUCCCAAGGCGUAGCUUCUGUCAACCCUGAUCAACUCUUCACCACAGUCGGCCCUCAAGACACCAUCGUCACCACUCAAGAAGGUCGCACCACAUCCCAAGAACACAUCAGCACACCUCCGGAGAGUGGCGGCGAACAGCGCGGUAGAACCACCGUGUUGCAGCCGCUGCUGGAGAGCGGCAGGGUGCCGACACGCGUGGACCAGUUGGUAGUAUGCUCUUGUCCAGAAAUGACUCCUGAUGGCUGCCGACGCUUCCUUUCUGACGCCUACAUUAACAGUAAAGAUCGUGAUUUUGAGGAUGUUAAGAUCGCCGUGGCUGAACUGCACGUGGCGGUGCACGACGUAACCUGUGAGAAGAAGGAUCAUCGUUUCAUGAAUUACAGUGAAGGGAAGUUUUAUUAUCGGAAACGCGGCGACGUUGUCCUCGUUGAUGCCGGUGACCAGACUGGUCUUCGUGUCAAUGAUUUCUGUGCCGAUCUGCGCGACGACGACCACGGACACCCGACGUGGAAUAUAAAGAUCUGUAUUCCUCCGCCUUCGGUACCCAGAUGCUGCCCCCACGGCCAGGCACUGAAGGAUGGGAUGUGCCAGGAAGCCGCGACCCCCAAACUCCUUGCCCCUCCCAUGUCCGUAAAGUUCUUGGAAAAAGCCAUUCAUUGGCCAGUUAUUAAGAAUCACCACCAUCCCCUAAAUUGCACCACAGAUCCUCUGCUAUCAAUACCAUUAGUUCCGAAAGAAUCCUUUUUAUUAGCUGUUCCAAGCGGAGUUCUGCACGCUUGGAACCCAGCUGAUCGUCAUGUUAAGGAAUAUUUUACUCACCCUCCUAACCUCUGCGUUGAUGGCUACGUGAACUCUAACGGAUCAGAGGUUUAUUCCGCCAAUAUAUGCUAUUCCUACCCAGAGGUGCACCGCAAAGUGUGUGACGAACAUACAUGUGUGCGGAAAUGCUGCCCAGAUGGCGAGGAGAUGAGCCAAAUGUUGUUUCGCUGCGUUUCCUCUAACUUCAAGGACUUCAAGCCUGAAUUCACCUCCCAGCCCCACGAUUAUAGGGUAGUGUACGGCUUGCCAACAUGCCCAUUCCGUUCAGUGCUGGACGCGAACACGAAGCUCAUUAUUGACAGCAGAGGUAAUUUUAACUUAUCUGGCAACCUUUUGUCAGCGAGGGAAUAUUGUUUGGAUAAGUUUAGUGAUGGUCGGGAGAAAGUUGAAGACAAAAUAUUAGUGUGUAUCAAGGAACCAACGAAGCUGUGGCCGAAGAUACGAAAAAUUUUGUUCCCGAUAUGUCAGAUUAUCUCCCUUUUCUUCCUGCUUCUGACGAUGGGCUGCUAUUGCGUGGUUCCCGAGCUGCUGAAUGGUGGCGGGUGGUACCAGUUGUUCCACAUCGUUUCACUCAUGGUGGCCUACGCUUCCAUGUUCGCGCAAGGAAUUUUCAGCACGACUUGGAAGAAGUCUACAUGUUUUAUUAUGGGGAUUGUGCUUCAGUUUGGUUUCCUGUCCACUUUUUUCUGGCUCAACGUGCUGUGUUUUGAGGUGUGGAGGAAAAUAUGGAGCCUCAACAAGUUCCGUCCUGCCUCAGUCGUCCCCAUUUGGCUAUACAUGCUCUACGCCUUCGGGACGCCAGUUGCCAUCGGGAUCCUGACGGUGUGCAUGCAAUUAUUCGCCCCGGACGACAUGCCUGGCGUGGUGAAGCCUCGUCUUGUACAGGGAAAGUGUUUCUUCGAAGGUGCAUCGUCACUCCUCCUAUAUUUCUAUGGACCCAUUGGAUUCCUAUUUGCUCUCAACAUUGUUUUUAUUGUCCAUACUUACUGGACCUAUAGGAAAUUUGAAAAAAAUUGCUCCGUGCUUAAGACCAUCCCAGGGAGCACUGGUGAGAAGAGGGCGCUGACGGAAAAGAUCCAUCGCAAACGUGACUACGUCUCGGAUUUUAAGCAACAGUUCUCUCUGCUGGUGCUGAUGUCUUUGUGCUGGGUGUCAGAACUUCUGUCUUGGCUCAUUCCACUUCCUGAAAUGUGGGCUACAACAGACACGCUGAACACAUUGCAAGGCUUCUUCAUAUUUGUGAUCUUUAUUGCCAAUAGGAGUAAACGUAAACACUUGAAGAAGAAGUUUCCACUGAUCUUCAAGUUUGCGAAUCGGAUUAGGAAUGUCAUUCGCCAGUGCUGCUGUUGCUGUACGGGUGAGCAGAAGACUUGCCUGGCUCAAUUCGACAGUUUCAAAAGGACACUGUUAUCUUCAUUUAUUGCCUCGAAAUUUUCAAGAUCUUCAUUGUCGAUGGACAUCCCUGAUAACCAUACAAUGAAGCCAGCCGCCUUGGAAUAUGAUGAUAUCACCACAUUAUCUCACUCAUCAUCAAAAAUCAGUAGUGUCUCUCUCCAGGAGACCACUGACACACAAUACGAAUCCUGAAAACACAGCCACCGUUGCCCAGUAAUCUAUCGCCAGAGGUCAGAGACUUAAUUUCAAGACUCCUCGUGAAAGACCCUCGCCAGUGGUUAGGGAGAGGGCCACGGGAUGCGCUAGAGAUUUAGGACCAUG